UUGAGAUCGCCAUCACACAACAGUUCCAACCAUCGGGAUAGCAACACUGAAGUAAAACUAUCAACGAUGAAGGUCCAUACAGUACUCGUCCUCUUCGCGUUCUUCGGAGUUAUGACAGUUGUCAUAUCCCAAGUGAAAGGCCGUACUUACUGCGGUAGAGAAUUGGCUAUAGCUCUGGACCUGAUCUGCAAUGGGCAACUAAUCAAGAGAUCUGAAACGCCGAAGAAUAACAACGAAUUGGACUGGCCGUGGAUACCCUCGCACACGGCGCAUAGCUUGAACAGGAUCAAGAGGCAGAAUGUGGUGUCGGAGUGCUGUCUCAAGCCCUGCACCGUAAAUGAACUGCUGACGUACUGCGGUAACUAAGCGGCCGAUAAUUUCUUCAGAUCAGACGGCUGUGUUCACGCCCGUGCUAUAGAACUAUAGAACCAACGUAUGUACCAAAUAGCACUAACAUUAAGGCUUAAAACACUGUAACAGCUGUACAAUUACUGUAGCGCCCUUGUGUAGCCUGUAGUACGUGUUACAGUCACUGUACAGCUAUAAUAUUGUUUAAUCUCAGUGUUCACUUUCCGAGCUAUUUGAUUAUUGCGUUGUUAUUACAAUAUUACAAGUUCUGUCGGAGGGAAAAUUGCUGUAUACGUCCAAAAAUGCAAUAUGUCGGGUGUAUAAUGCACACGGACGUGAGUGCAGCCGUUUACGAACACUCGCAAAUGAAUUGAUGGCUGAUAUUGAGAUGGUGCUUAUAUAAAAAACAGCACUAAAUUAUUCAUGUUAUUCAUAUUAAACAAUUUGUAUUUAAUGUUGACGGAGGUGAUGAUAUGCACAGAUGUAACGUUAACAGAUUUGACAAAUGCGUUUACAAGACAGUACCUUUAAUACAAUGUCACUCACACGUUAUUGACGUUUUGUGUGACUCCGGCUUUAAAUUUACAUGCUUGCAAUAGUUGAAUCCUUAACGAGUAUUUAAAUACAGUCAUAUU